UCGGUCAUUUAGGACCAAACCACAGACGAACAAAAUGGCGCCUGGAGUUCGGUUGAGUUCACGCGCCCGUUAAAAGUUGCUUCAGAGCUCCAUGUUUGUGUUUAUUUCCCCCUUUUUAACUGGAUCAUCUUUCAGGCUAACCUGAUGUUUGUGGAUUUAUAAGGUCAGAAAUCAGGGAUGUUUGUGGCGAAAAGCAUCGCGGCGGAUCAUAAAGAUCUCAUUCAUGAUGUUUCUUAUGAUUUCCACGGCCGCAGGAUGGCCACCUGCUCCAGCGACCAGAGUGUGAAGGUUUGGGACAAAAGUGACCGCGGCGAGUGGCACUGCACAGCGAGCUGGAAGACUCACAGUGGCUCUGUGUGGCGUGUGACGUGGGCUCACCCGGAGUUCGGCCAGGUUUUAGCCUCCUGUUCCUUUGACCGCACCGCUGCGGUUUGGGAGGAGAUCGUCGGGGAGUCGAACGAUAAACAGCGCGGCCUCAGCCACUGGAUUAAGAGGACGACUCUAGUGGACAGCAGGACGUCAGUGACGGAUGUAAAGUUCGCUCCGAAGCACAUGGGUCUGGUUCUGGCCACGUGCUCAGCUGACGGUGUGGUUCGUAUCUACGAAGCUCCAGACGUGAUGAACCUGAGCCAGUGGAGCCUCCAGCACGAGAUCUCCUGCAAACUCUCGUGCUCCUGCAUCUCCUGGAACCCCUCCAGCUCGCGUGCUCACGCCCCGAUGAUCGCAGUCGGCAGUGACGACAGCAACGUGACCUACACCGGAAAAGUGCAGAUCUACGAGUACAACGAAAACACCAGGAAGUACGCCAAAGCAGAAACCCUGAUGACCGUCACGGAUCCGGUCCACGACAUCGCCUUCGCACCGAACCUCGGGAGGUCCUUCCACGUCCUGGCCAUCGCAACCAAAGACGUGCGCAUUUUCAAGCUCGUACCUUUGCGGAGAGAGAGCUCCACCAGCUCGGGCCCCACCAAGUUCGAGGUGCAGUUAAUGGCUCAGUUCGACAGCCACAACUCUCAGGUGUGGCGCGUGAGCUGGAACAUCACCAGCACGCUGCUCGCCUCGUCGGGGGACGACGGCUGCGUCCGGCUCUGGAAAGCAAACUACAUGGACAACUGGAAGUGCACAGGGAUCCUGCGUGGUGAUGGGAGCCCGGUGAACGGCUCCUCCGUCUCAGCUGGAGCUCUGAGUGCCGCCGCAGCUUCAGGAGCUCAGAAUAGCGGUGUGGGAGGUGUCGGGGCGGGCAGAAAAAAGACUCAACUGAUGCCAGGCUAACGGGGAUUGGCUGUUUGCUGCAUGACACACACACACACACACACUUCCACAGUUGCAUUUCAUCCUCAGUCCACUAAUCCCACAGAAGUGACUGCGGAGUGUGUGAAUAACGGCCCGUACGUACGCACGCGCUGCACGUGUGUGCGUUUAAUGUUCCAUUGAUACUGAUGGAAAUGUACAUCAUGAUGUUUUUCUGUUUUGUUUAACAAAAAACACAGUAAAUGUCAACAUUUAUUCUGUUUCACUUUUAAAAGAGCUUGGUUGUUAUUCAACAAAGAAAUUAAUCAGUUAAUAACUCGAUUAAAAUGUGCAAAAUGAUCAAUAAAGCAAAAAAGAAAUGUUUCAA